GGCGGCGGAAGCGGGAGCGGGAGGCGGCGCCGGGCCGGGGCUGGAAGCGGGGCCGGGAUGGUGCUGGAGGCGCUGCAGCCGCGGGUCGUGCGCUGGGCGCUGCUGGCCGCCUUCGCCGCCGGGGUGGCGGUGGGCUGGCAGGCGGGCCGGGCGCGCCGCCGCUUCCUGCGCUGGCGGCAGCGCUACCUCCAGCGCCGCCUCGCCGCCGCGCAGGAGAAGCUGGAAGCGGCCUGAGCGCCGCAGCCGCUCCGGGCUGCCCCUGGCUGCUCCGGGCUGCCCCUGGCUGCGGGCUCCCGGCGGCUCCUGCGGCGGAUUCGGCUCCUCCGGACCUGCGGUGGGCGCUGCCUGAGCCGCUGGAAACGCGUGAAGCGCUGCUGGGGAAGGACAGCGUCCCUGGGGUAGCAGGGCUGCCGGCUGGACAGCAUCCGUGGAGUAGCGGGAAGGACAGCAUCCGUGGAAUAGCAGGGCUUCUGGAGAAGGACAGCAUCCCUGGAAUAGCGGGAAGGACAGCAUCUGUGGAAUAGCAGGGCUUCUGGAGAAGGACAGCAUCUGUGGAAUAGCAGGGCUUCUG